AUGAUUUUUGUAUUUUUUUAUAUUGUGCUAAGCACAAUUUUAAAUGGUGAUGAAGAAGUGGGGACAGUACAAUUACACAAUUCUUCUUGUUUACGACGGGCGAAGAAUGAACGACUGAUCAAUAUUUACGAUUACAAAGGUGGUCUUGAUAUUCAAAAUAAUAUGUAUGAUGAGAUAAUUACGUUGGAAUCAUCUGAGGAUAAUAAAGCAACAUUUGUGAUUGAUCAAAAUGUUAAAUCUAGGUUUUGUUUACAUUGCGAAAAAUAUAAGACGUUUUAUAUUAUUGGUUUGUUUUGUUUAUCAAUGGUUUGUGUUAUUGCAGGAUUUGUCGGUACUAUUUUUUUCAUUCGUAUUAAAUAA